AUGGAUAUUGCAUUCGACACUACUUGGUGUCCGGUCUGCAGCAGGCAGAUCCUGCCAAAGCGCUACUACGUCCCCAUUCAACCUCAGCCACAGGCUCCCGUUGUCCCGCCCAGCUCUCCUACCUCUGACCCCAAAAGCCACGACGAUGCGCCGGCAGUACGCCUUCCCCGUAACAAGACUGGCACCAUCCGCGCGAGAGCCGGAGGGCUCGUUCACGGCACAGGUCGUGUAAAGCCCAACGGCGCUCUCAAGCGCGACGACACAAUCAAGAACACGAAGAAGACCGCACCCACUGUGUCUUCUACCGAGUCCGAGCCGGCUCUCGUCCGCCCUGCGGGCCCUGUUCGCCACCGCACUGUGAUCGACCAGAACCCCGUUCCCCUCUACUGCUCGGACGAGUGCCGUCUCGCCGACCUCCAAUCAUCCCACGGCGGCAUCGGUAUCGACUACAACCCGGACCGUUGCCUGUCACCCACACUGCCUCCUGUUCCCCAUAAUUCCUUUUCCGAUUUCUCUUCCAGCACCGAGGAGAGCGACGUGGGCAGCGGGGCGUCUUAUGACUCUCGCUCGUCCGUUAGCUCCUCUCCUCCGAUUGGUAUCCCCACUGGUUACGAGGCGUUGCGACGACUCUAUGGUGACGAUCUUCCGCCGCCGCCGCCGCCUGCUCCCCUCAUGCACCGUCAUGCGAAGGACUCCAUCUCCUCGCUCGACGACUACCAGUCGGGCACUAUGAUGGCCGCGCGUCGCAUCAAGGCUGUGCUCGCCAGCAAUCCGCCAAAGCGAGGCGAGAAUGGACGCCUCGAGGACCGCAAGCCCAUCCCUGGCUGGACUGACGGUUCAAGCGCUUGGCGCGCCAGCGUCUACAACCUCACCGCCCCUCAGGAACUCAACACCCCCGUCGACGAGGAGCGUGCGAAGAGCGCAUACAAGGGCUUCGUCGCGAGCUCGCACCGCUCACGCAGCGGCGUCUACUCGACUCUCAGCGAGGCUGCCCCGACAUUCGAGUCCGCCUCCGCCGCUUCUCUCCCUGCGCGUACCAGCAGCACCAACUCGGUGGCGUCGGGCACCCGCUCGCGUUCCGAGGCUGAGGAGAUGCACAACAAGUACCCGCUGUUCGCACGGCGCUGCGAGUCGCGCAUGUCGCUUGCGGGACCAGCACUGUCGACGUCGCCGACCGGUUCGACGCGUUCGUUGCCGGUGGCCACCGGGCGCCGAAAGGAGUUCUCGCUUGUCAAGCCUGGUGCAGAGGGCCGGCUCCUCGUGCCGAACGUGAAGAUGUCGCGAGUGCCGUCGACGCUGUCGACGAUGACGAUGUCGAGCGAGGCGAGCUCGAGCUGGGGCAGUGCGUACUACGGGAAGAGGCGCACGCCUCUGAGCCGCCAGAAUAGCGACAUGAGCAUCGACAGCGUGGACAGCAGGGAGACGGAGCCUGAGGAGCCGCCUCACUGGCCGUCGAUGUCGUUGCCGGCGACGACGAGGAGCGAACCAAGGACACGGACGUGGAGCUACUCAGACGACACGUUGACGUAUCCUAUCAUGCAGAUGCCGUUGAAGAAAGAGAAGCGCAUUGUGCAUAGCGUCGUCGACGGGAAGGACAAGGAAGUCGAGGUCGAGGUCGAGGUCUCGCAACCGCUGAAACGCCUCUUCCUGUUCCCGGGCAAGGAGGUGAACUAG